AGUAUUGCAGAAACGGAGGAAUACUGACAAGGAACAUCUGCCACCUUAUAUAUUAAUAAAAGGGUAUUUUCAUUUUUACCACCUUCAAAUAAUGACUUUGUCGAAUUUACCACCUCCAAAAAAAAAAACAUUUACUUUACCACCUCAUAAAAAAAUUAAACAUCAGUAUUACCACCUCAUCUGAGCUCAGGUGACGGAAAACGCAUGUGGGGCCCAGUUAACUGUCACUUCCCUCCAAUUUAAUUCUUUUAAAAUCGAUUUCCCUCUGUCUCCUCCUUUUCUCACCUUCCACCUUCCAUAAUCAAUGUCUCACCAAAUUUCUCACUUCCUCAUCAAUUUUCGUCUCUCUCUCCUUUGAUUUUUCUUGAUUCUCACUGUAACUGCUUCUCUCUCCUUUGAUUUUUCUCUUUCUCUCUGUAAAAACUGAAACCCUAGAUCAAUUUGGGUGGUUGAAAUCGAGCUGGAACCACAAAAUUGCAACACAUCAGCUUCUCUUGUCAUCUUCCACAGGGUGAGGGGACCAAAAGCUUGGUAAUUUGCUGACAGAAAUCGAGAUUCCUGACUACAAGAGAAUGGACACAGUGGACUUAAAAAUUACAGUAGGGGGUGCCUUUAUACCUUCUUUAGCUGGUAAAAAUAGAAGGGUGUUAACUUGGGAUGGUGGGUGGGUUUAUUGGAUGAGAAAAGUGGAAAAAAAUAAGAUAGAUGUACACUUUUUGAGGCAAGCAGCUAUACAUGGGUUUGUGUAUGUGAAUGUGAAGGUUCCUAGGGGGUUUAGUUGCUGGUAUAAACAAAAGGGCAAGUCUUGGGUGAAUGGUAAAAGGGAGCUUGUUGAUGGUGAGGUGAAUGGUUUCCUAGAGUCUGUGAACAAAGAGGGGGCAUGUGAGAUGUAUGUUACCAGUCAUGAGCCAAUUGAAGGGACUAACAAAACACCCUUCAAAUGUAUAGCUGGGAAUGAGCUAACCCCUGCACAAAGGAAGGAACUGAAAAAGAGGUUUGGUGGGCCUAAAGUAUAUAAACCCAGCCCAGAACUUAGUAAGCCCACUGAAGAAGAGCCAUUUAGGAGAAGCCCUAGGUUAAAAGGCAUUGUUAUACAUGACAGAGAGGCUGAGGAGAGGCUUCCUAGGGCAGAGAAAGUGAAUGCUAAUACACAUAAAGGGAAGGGUAAACUCACUGCUGCAGAUAAGGGUAAGGCUAAGGUUGGGGAUGAGACUGGAAAUUUAGCUAAUUUAGUGAGAAAAAUAAAAGAAAGAGUGAGGAGCUUAAGGGAUGACAGUGAUGUGUUUAGUGAUGAGGAUGGUGAUACAGAGUCUUCUGAUUCUGAGUUGAGUGAUUUUGAGUUAGAAGUUGAUGAGGGAGAGGAGGACUUAUACUCUGAUGAUGAUGAACAGUGGUUGAAGAAAAAUUUAGACCAUAUUAACAGUGAGGUGAAAGGCAGUUUGAGGGGAGUUAGUGAAGGAGGGGAUCAAAGUGAUGAUGAGGACACAGGGUUUGACAUAGAAAGAAAUCUACAGAAAAUUGAAGUGAGGGUUGAAGAGGAGGCAGCUUGUGAUUCUGAUGAGCUAAAGAGUGUGGAAGGUGAUUCAGAUGAUGAUCAGGGUAGUGUUACUUGGUUUAACCCUGAGACAGACUUUGAAAGGGCUAUCAAAUUUGUAGUUGGUCAAAGGUUCAGUGAUGUGCAAACAAUGAGAAAAGCUUUGAGACAACAUGCAAUUGAAAAUAGGUAUGAGUAUUACCUUCUUCACAAUGAUUCAAAGAGGCUAACAGCAUAUUGCAAAAGGAAAUGCAAGUGUGUGUAUAACAAGAACAGUUGUAGGAUAGUGAAGUGUACAUGUAGUAAGGGUGUUAGGUGUAGGUUCAAGUUUUAUGCAACAAGGCUUGUGAAAUCAGAGGCUUGGCAAAUUAAGACACUAAGGCUGAAGCAUAGGUGUGUUAGGAGUAAAAUGAACAACAAGGUGACAGCAGAGUUCCUUGCUGACAGGUACUUGGAGGAGUUCAGGGGCAACCCCAGAUGGAAGAUUAAACAGAUUCAGGACAGGGCCUUGAAUGACUUGGGGAUCAAAAUUACAUACUCCAAGGCUUGGUUGGCUAGAAGCAGGGCAAAGCUUAUAAUAUAUGGCUCUUCAUCAGAGCAAUACUCAAAGGUUUGGGACUAUGGGAAGGCACUGCUGAAAUGGAACCCAGGGAGUGAGUGUAAUGUGGUGGUGGAUGAUAUUAAUCAAAUUGAAAGACCAAUUUUUAUGAGGAUGUUUGUGUGCUUAGCUGCACUUAGGGAUGGAUUCAUUUCUGGUUGCAGACCAGUAAUUGGGGUGGAUGGGUGCCAUCUAAAAGGGGCAUACCCUGGGCAGAUCUUGGUUGCAGUUGGAAAAGAUGGCAAUAAUUCCAUCUUCCCAAUUGCUUGGGCAACUGCAGAGAUUGAGAACAAGGACAGCUGGUGCUGGUUUCUGGAGAGCUUGCUCAAGGCACUUUGUGUGUAUGACCAAGGAGAUGGCUUGACUUUUAUGUCUGACAGACAGAAAGGUCUCAUAGAAGCAUUUGCAGAUGUGGCCCCCAAAGCUGAGCUCAGAUUUUGUGUGAGGCAUAUUUGGUCAAAUUUCAAACUGAAAUUUCAUGGUGCAACUUUCAAGGAAUUGUUCUGGGCUGCUGCUAGGGCAAGCACUCUGUUUGAGUUUGAAGUUGCUAUGGAAAGUAUCAAUUUUUUGGAUGAAGAAGCAUACCAGUGGUUGUCAAACAUUGACCCCCAGCACUGGUCAAGGCAUGCUUUCUCUACAAACUGCAAGUCUAACAUGUUGUUAAACAACAUGUGUGAGACAUUUAAUGCAGUGAUUAGAGAUGCCAGAGACAAGCCUAUUCUAACUCAAAUGGAAUGGCUUAGAAGAUAUAUGAUGAAGAGGAGUAAUGACAAAUGGGAGGCAGCAAAGUCUUGGGAAGGUUUACUAACCCCAUUUGUCAACAAAGUCUUUGAUGGGUUGGAGAAGUAUGCCAUGACAUGUGAGGUUACAGCUUCAAGGGAUGAAAUUUAUGAGGUGAAAUACAAGGAUGAUCAGUGCAUUGUGGAUCUGCAAGAGAGAAAAUGCACUUGUUAUAGAUGGGAGUUGACAGGAAUACCUUGUGUCCAUGCAUUUGCUUGCAUAAUGGACAAAAGGGAUGAUCCUGAGUUGUAUGUGCACCCACAUUACUAUAGGGUGACAUACUUGGCUGCAUAUGAGAACCCAAUACAGCCAAUGCCUGGCCCUAAGAAUUGGGAAAAGGUCAAGCUCAGACAGCCUUUGCCACCUAUGCUGAAAGUGCAGCCAGGAAGACCUAAGGCAAAUAAGAGAAAGCUUGAACCAGGGGAGGGCACUUCUGCAGCACCUGAGGGCAAGAAGCCAAAGGUGAUGAAACAAUGCAAGAAUUGUGGUGGGUUUGGCCACUUUGCCAAAACAUGCAAGGCUGAAGCAGCACCAGAACAGCCUAACCCACCUGCAACAAAUCCAAAGGGUGGGAGGCCACAGAUGCAGACUCCUUGGCUUAAGGAACAGAGAAAGAAAAGUGAAGAGAAAGCAGCAAGACAGGCUGCACUGAAGUUGCCACAAUAUCAGCCUCCAACAACAGCACAGGCUGGGUCAAGUAAUGCUUCACCUGCAACUGCUGUGUCAAGCCAGCCUGCAACAAGAACAGAGCCUUUGCCAACUCAGCCUGUUACCAGGAGCAACAGGAGCCUGAGUCAGCCCACAAGAGUGCCAACAACUACUCCUCCCAAAGUCAAAAUACAGACCAGGUCCAAGCUUCAUGUAAUGACAAGCAAGAAGGACAAGGAUCUCAAUCAACUGUGACCCUAGGUCUACUCAUUAGUAUUUUGUAAUAGACAACCAAGUUUAUUUGGUAGUUGAACAAUGAUAGUUGAACAAUGAUUUUGCACAAAGGUGCCUUAACUUUUGUCUCAGCCAAUGUAAAACAAUUUCAAACAUUGUGUUGCAAGUACUAAUACGAAUUGUGAUAUGUUUCUACCAAAAAGUUCCAUUUCUCA